GCCGUUGUAUUUAUUCAUCGUUCCUUGUGGGGAAAGUUGGUUGACAAGAUAUCACUGAAUGCCAACCGAAAAUUAAUAUCAGUGUGUUCACUUUUAGUCAGCGUGUUUAUUGUAACCUGUUCAUAUGUUGAGUUUAUAGUUAAGUUUCUGUUUAGGUGAUGACUGAGGUAAACGCUAUUUGAAACAUUAUCACAGGCUCCACAGCCCAGUGUUGGUGUUCAGAACAAACUUGGAAGCCAAACCUGUAAUAUCUGAUUAAGUUUCAGGCCUUAACAGAUAAAAAUCGUCAUGUCAUAACAACGAAAGAUUUUUUCUUUGCAUCCUAGCACAACGCCUUUUAUUUAGGUAUAAACAAACAGCGUCUAUUGUCACGACAUUUAACAUCAGUACGUAUAGUGGAAGAUGGCUUUUGAAGCCCCACAAAGUUGCAAAAGUUAUCCUCCGGCGGCAUUCAGAUCAAAAUAUGAAAAAUUCUUGGCCCCGCACGGACUUCUUUUGCCUCCCAAGCAAGUUUUUAAGAACAAGAAGCUCGGUCCCGCAGCAGAAGAUAAUCUUAAGAAAGCCUUUAUGAUCACCGUCAACAAACUCAACAAGAGGAGAGACGUGUGCCCAGAGUGCGGCAAGAAACCCGGUAUUUUUUACCCAGCUGUAGUCUGCGGCGGGUGUCGGAUGGCGCGCUACUGCAGCGAACUCUGCCGAGAGCCCCGACGUCUGGCACACAGCCUCGUCUGCGACGAGCUCAGACAGGAAUUUUACGAUCAGUUGCUUGAGUGCUUGCCGGACCCAUUAUUACUGGGCCGUGAAGUCCUGAAAGGCAAGGGAGGUUAUGUCAGGAGUUGGAGUGACUGGUUCGACACGCACACAAGUCUGCGGGACAACGUCAGGUCGGCAACGAGUGUCGUCUCGCAAUGGUGGGACUACACUGGGACAAAGCAUCCAGGAGCCACUGUAAUACAAGCGUCUCUGGAGAGGUCAGUAACAAACAUCUUCUCGACGGUCCUGACCAUCGCCAACUCGGUAUUUUGGCUACGGCAACCUGAACUGUUCGGUGGCGUGGGCCCGACCAGCAGUGAGGUUCAGGAGCCGCUGCUUGACGCUGACGUCAACAUACACCUGAUCGGGGCUGACAAGCCGGAAGUCACUCUGGUGGAGUCAGGGCUCAUCCAGGUGUGCAGUCGCGUGUUGCAGGGACGGAACGUGAACGUGACUCUUGUGGCUCCAGACCUGACCAGACAUCCCCAGACGCUGUCGCUCUCGCCUGCCGCGCCCGCUAAGGUAGGAGACAAGGUAUCAGUAGGCUGCUACCCCGGCCUCUACCACUCCUUCUGGCACGACCACGUGGAUGCCCAGGACCCCAAUAACAAAGUUCCGCGGCCGACGGUAGCCGUAGCCAUACACCCGGGCUGCCACACGCCCGAGAUGUGGAGGCUGUGGUUGCCCACUUUUGAGCUGCUGCUCCAGGAAAAAAUUCCUAUUCUGCUCACGACGUACAACAAGCACGAGCAUGACUCCACUCUUAAGGUAAUGCGUCAGCUGCGACCCUCCAUCAGGUUCGAGGGCCGCAACUCGCUGGCGUCGCUGCUGGCCAAGCAGACGCCCUACGAGCCCGACCACGUCUGGGCGUCCAAUGCAUACAUUAUUGGGAUAACGCACGACUGAACUUGUCGCUUACUUUAGUAGGCUAAUUGAGCAGUUAUCAGGAACAAUGUAUGCUAAUUAAACAGUUAUCAGUUACUUUGUACGCUAAUUGUGCAGUUAUCAGCCACAAUGUAUGCUAAUUAAACAGUUAUCUGUUACUUUGCACACUAAUUGUGCAGUUAUCAGGCACAAUGUAUGCUAAUUAAACAGUUAUCAGUUACUUUGUAGGCUAAUUGUGCAGUUAUCAAGCACAAUGUAUGCUAAUUACACAGUUAUCAGUUACUUUGUACGCUAAUUGUGCAGUUAUCAGGCAUAGUGUUCAAUAAUUAUGCAGUUAUCAAUUAUUUUAUAGAUAUAUUAUACAGUUAUCAAGCAUGGUUUACGCAAAAGUUCAGUUAUCAGUUAUUUUGUAGGUAAAUUUUGCAGUUAUCAAGUUAUCAAGCAUAGUUUAUGCUAAAAAAGCAGUUAUCAGUUACUGCGUGCGCUAUAGUUUUCCUUCGUUGAAACGUGUUCACAUAGUAUAGUUUACUGUUUUUUGUUGAAGGGAAUUCUUUUCUGCUUAUAACAAAAAUCCAUAAGUUUGUUCAAAGAAGUGUAGAAUGGAUAAAAAGCAAUUUACUUUUGUCAUGAGGGUAUAAGUUGAUUGUACAAAGGAAUAAUUCCUAACAUCAUCCAUUAGUGAGGUAACUGGAAUUUGGUGUUAAUCAUACAUUGAAUUUAAUAUCUUUAACUGCAUUGCUUUUUUCGGUGAGACGUAACAGCCAAUGCACAUAUUUUAACAAAAAUCUAUUUAACAGCUAUUA